AUGGACUUGGGAACGGUAAAGCUGAUCCUGGUGCUGUCGAGACGCUGGAAGGUACCGGCGCGCCACGGUGAUGUACCCAAUGCGUACGUCAAGGCUGAAAAGGAGGAGCACCUGGAUAUCUACAUGAAGGUGCCGAAGGGGAUGACAGUGAAGGAGAAAGAGAUGAAGGACCUGAACGCAAAGACUUCAAAUGACCUAGAGUUGCUGUUGAAGAAGUCGUUAUAUGGACUUAAACAGGCUGGGCGGCUGUGGAGCAAACUACUUGACUCCAAGCUACGACAAAGCGGGUUAUAG